GUGGCCGUGUGUUUCAUUUUAUAUGUGUCCGUGGUGUGUAGGGUGCGUAAUGGAAGGAAAAUUCUCGACACCACGGAUCAUGCAUUCGAUAUUCUCGACACCGGAGACGAUGAGUCCCAAGACGCACAUGCGCUUGGCAGAACCGUUUCCUCCUUGUGCGAAAUCCAUGAGGCACUUCAAAGGCGUGACUUCGAUCCACGGAGCCACCGAAGAGGACUUCAAAGAGGACCCAUGGAUGACCGUCGUCCCGUGCAUGGACGGGCAUCUUGAUGGUUGGCACGAUGUCAAUUGGGCUGCGAUGGAGAGUCGAUGCCCUUGGGCAAGGCACUACAAGUUCGCCAACAUGUUGGAGUUUGGAGACCUCAUCACGCGGUCUGACGCUGUCCUCGGAUACAAGUUCCUAAGCCGUAUGCUUAGAACACUGAGUUGCAUUAGCCGCCAUUUCAGUCGCCUAGAGUGUCACUACGCCGCUCUGCGGUUCGUCGAGUUGCGUGAGGAAGCGACUGCAGUCCAGUCCGCUGGUAUCCGAAGUUCCCCAUUUGCUAAUUGUUGGCGGUGUUGUUUGUUUUCGAAUGCAUCCUCCGCUACGUCUGGUGCAGACACAAUGUUGACGUCAAGAGGCGAGGAGCAGCCUACGGGGACCUUGGGGAGGGAGUCGAUGGACACAAAAUCGUGGUCGCAUCAUGCGCACACGAAGUGGUUCGUCGAUUGGUGCUUCGCCGAAGAUGACGAGCCCAUGAAACCGCCUUGCGGUCCUGUCAUCUUCGUGGAAGAUAGAAAAGGACGAAGAUUGCUCGGCUCGGUCAAGGGAUGCCAGCCAUCGAAAAAACACGACAAGCAGUGCUACCUGAUGCAUGUCGUUUACAAUUCGAAGGGUGACAUUCUGGCAGGUGCGAAAGGGGCGAUUCUCUCGUGGGAUCUGUUCCAGGGGUUUGGUGGGGGGGCUUUGAGGACCCCUUUCUACACUAAAGUCGCGGAGGGAGGUCUUGUUUCGGCCAAGGAGUUUUUUGACGAGGUCGAGAAGAGCGAAUUCGACCUCGACGAUCCCUGCCAAAUUUCGAGUGACCUGGAACUGUUGCUUCUUGUGCAAAUGUGCUCCGGGUUCGUUUCCAGUGGUUCAGUACAGCCCCAACACGGUGAGGAACGCGGUCGCUUCGAUGGCAGCGAGGAGGAAGAAGAGGAGGACACGCGUGUUUCGCCGCAUAGACUUGGAGAUCGCGGGACGCUGAGAAUUCCGGGGUCUGAGAGAGGGGCAACUGUCGUCGAGCAGCCGUCGACGUCGAGUGGCGGUCGCGCCUUGGGGUCGGAGGACAGGACGGUUGGCGUCGUUUUCGGCGGGGAGGGAGGGGAACAACAAUCUACACAAAAGAGAAGGGGAGGUUUUGAGGGGGAGGCGUCGGGAGCUAAAAAGAAACAGAAGACAAAGACCUCACAACAGUUAGGGGGGGAAAGGAAGGGAGCUGAGGGGCAUGUCGGCGCGUCGAGUCAAAAGCGCCCAGCCUCGGCUUUGAAGCCACCCCAGUCGGCCCCUGUCCAGCCCAGAGGUGUCAUCGACAUCGACGCGGCAUACUUCCUAGAAUGGAAAAACGGCAUGCGAACAAAGUGGGAGUUCUCCAUUAACACGUCGCAAGUCAUCGACAUCGGCGAGUGGGAGGCGGCAUACAACCAGCGUUCCUUGGAUCUCGUGCAAAUACAGGCCAUUAUUGACACAAUGACGAUGACCUACUCUCAGACCAAGAAGACUUACGAGCUGCCGACACUAAAGCUCGCGCCUCUAGGGCUGGUUAAACCGACAUCCGGGGUGCGGGCGGAUCGUCUGAAGUCGGAGGACUGGAAGGACGAGCUGGCAGGGCUACUACUACGCUGGAAAAGCGCAUGGGAAACCGGGAUGGAAUUUUUCGAGAGAUCGGAAACGGGCAGACUGCUCGCACUGGAAGGAGCGAAGUGGAUCGCGAAGAAGAAGAAGGUGCAGGGCCUCAAGCCAGGUGUGAGCCACAUCGAAAAUGAGAAGGACGGGCAAAAGGUGGUCGUCUACAAUGUCCCCGUCGAAGCGCCACAAAAGAAAGGCAAGAAGGAACAAGAGCCAGGCAACUGGUUCGUCCAGGUCACCGAGCCGGAUCCGCACUGCUGGAAGAGCAUGGAGGCCCUUACCGACAACGAGAAAUGUCGGUUGUUGAAGAAGGUUCUCAACUGCGAGGUGGUCUGGGUGCAGACAGGGUCCUCCGCGUUGGCCAAGCAAGGGAAGCUGGGGAUGAAACUUGUCAUCGACUCCUCCUUGUUCAAGGACUGUCCGCCCUACAUGGGUUGCGAGGACGACAAGUCGAUCAAGGCGACAAAAAAGCUAGUCCAAAACAAGAAGUUGCCCAUCGACUGGAAGAACAAGGUCCUCUUCAUGUUGACCGGCAGCAGGUCGAAAAGCAUGGAAGUCGCGCUGGCCGAAGGGAUGGUGCACAUUCUGUGGAACGACUCGAAGGACGUCACAACUAUUGCCCCAUUCGGCGUCGACCCUCUGGAUGCGCAGAUGAAGGUCACGGAGUUGGAGAGGGCGGUCGGAAUCACGAGAUGCGACACGUGCGUUCUCGACUUGUGCGAACCGGUGGACAUCAAACAGUGGACAGCUAAAGUCUUCGAGAGUUUGAAUGCCCUCCUGGAGCACUUGUUCCCCUCGCACUGGACAGUAGUCGCGUUCGUCCCCCGAGAGCACGACUACUACUUCAUGACCAGCCUGCACCAUCUGUCCGUCGUGAAGGCAAUGGUCGGGAAGUGGGUGAGGAGGACGCGGCAGAAGAAAAGUUUCGGUGUCGGCCACAACUUGUACUCCUUGGACGACCGCAUGUACAUCCUUUUCAAAGGCGACGACUUGCGGGAGAAUACAUCUGUUGUCUACGACGCGAGGUUGGCGGCGGGUGAUGCUGCCGCGGUAGGGGCACUUCAGAAAGUGACUCCCACUGAGACAUCCGACAUGUCGUUCGACGCUUCUGAAUGGCCCGUCGUGAUACAUGGGCGUGAUCCCGUGGUGUACAAGGGCCAUGGGCGGAACCCCACACAAUUCGCCCAUCUGCUGGAAUUCCUUUGCAAAAAGGGGGACGACAUCAUGUUCCUCGGGAAAGCGCAUGCACAAGUCGUGUGGGAGGUUUUGAAGGCAUACCGCUGCGAGUUCAUUACGAAGAGUGAAAAGCCGAGACGCGUUUGGGAUCCUUCGACGGACAUGUGGUUCAAGCUAAGCGCCCGGAAAAGGAGCAGGAUCUACGAGUUCCUCUUCUUGGAGAAGCGGCCUGCGAGGGGCACCGACAUCGAGUACAUGCGCCGCAAGGAACACAUGUUGGCGCUGCUAGACAACUAUCACGGUGCCACACGCCUGAACGCGAAGAACUUCCUGGACCGACUGGAGUUAUUGUACUUUGUCGAAUCCGAGCCGGUUCUGAGGCUCGAGAGUUACGGUGCCUUGAUCGACGCCGACGAAGAGUCCCUCACCGGUGUUGACACCGGUGCACCUGAGGAGGAUAGCGACACCAAGGAAAUUGACAUCGACUACCGCCUUGCUCCGGUGCUCCCAUCCCCGGCCUCCUCGUUGGCGAAGAACAGCAACCUGCAGCCCGCCGACCCGGCCAUCAUUGCCACUGCUGAUCGCUUGUUUCGAGAACUUCAUGACAAGCAGUGGUUGGAACUCUCUGACAAUUUCUACGACCUCAAGACGAGCCCUUCGAAGAAAAAGGUGAACUGGAAAGUACCCCCGUUGACAGGGACCCAGGGUAGUGUGGGAGGAGGACCUCCGAGUCCCUCCGGGGCCGGAGGGGGGGGAGGCAAUGGCCACGAGGAAGGAGGUGGCGGAGGCAGUGGCCGUACGACAUCAGGGGGAAGCGCGCCGACAUCAUCGUCUGGCACUGGCGGUCAGGGUAGGAUCGCGCACAGCGGCGUGGGGGAUGGGGGGGUGAACGUCACACACUCCCCAACAGCAGGGAGCGGCAAGUCAGGGAAGUUCGCCCGCAUCCGAAUUUCGCAGACGGAGGAACCAGUGCCCGUGGAGGCAGCUAAGUCGGCCAGCAUCCGCACUUCGACGACUCUGGAGCAGGCGGCCCUUCCCUCGUGGACUGCUCUCGGCUCCUUCGGUGAAGUGGGGCGGGGUCAUGUGCAGGGGAGUCUCCGCCGUGAAGGGCAAGUCCGCGGGCAUCCCUACCAAGGCGGACGACGUUCAGGCGAGUGUACCGGUCCAGUGGAGCUCUACAGGAGCACAGGCGUCGAAGAUGGGCGUCGCCUUGGCUGUGAAGGUGAUAUCGACGACGACAUGACGGCGAUGGAGAUGGAGACGCAGGUGGUUAGUGGCCUUUCCGUGGACCACGAAGAAUAUGACGCCCACCACCUGGCCACUGCGGUGCAUCCCCCCGACGGGUGCAACAAGGCUAUCAUGACAGUGAGCCCGGCGAAAACGACUCGCCGUCUUAGCGUCAACGAGGUCAUCGAUAGCAUAAUGGGCGACGAGCAAGUUCAAACACUUUCGUCCACCCCGUCAAAAGACGAUGCCCUUGUCAGCAACGAAACUUUUGCGGCCAGGGACUUGGCGCUCAUCCAGUCGUGCUUUCCGGUACCCUGGUCACCGCUCACAGGAGGACGGGGGGCGGGUGUUGGCGGCCGCCAGCACGUCACGUUCCCAAAAAAGUGCAGGGUCGGCACUCCGGCCCUGGAUGUCCUCGCCUUACCAGCGCCCACGUCACCGACGAAGGAGCAGAAAGAAAAACAAGCUGGUAAGCAUUGACGAUCGUCGCGAUGUCAGCACUCCCGCGUUUCGGGAUUGUCGACGCUGUCUGUCAACCCCCUUGUCGGUUUAUGCCCCACGUCAGAUGGACAAAAUUCCGCUUCACUUGUCAGCGAGGACCAAUUGGCCUCUUAUUCGUUAACACACCAUCACGGUUUAUUCUGCGACCGCUCAUCCACUCCUCCCUCUACAAGUUCUCUGACGCCGUCUCGACUUUUUUCCUCUGGCCGACUCCUGUAGUGCAGAUACCGGCGGACUACAAGAUAGACCGUCCGAUAAACGUAUUUCGCAGCG